GUAGAAUUUCAUUGAUUUUUUAAGUGAUCACUCUCCAUUUGAUCUUUACCAAUAUUAGCUAAGAUGACACUGGAAAAUUUUCCUCGAGGAGGAAAAAAAUCUGAAAUUAAAAGAUCAAUAGAUCCAUUUAAGGAGAAGCUUAAACCCAAGAAGCAUAAAACACAAACAAAGAAAGAAAAUGUAAUUGUAAAAGACACAAAUUUUAUUACUACAACUGCAGAUCGAUUAUCUAAAAUCAUGCUACAAGAAGGACUGAUAAUUCUUGGUCGGAUUUCUGAAGUAUCAGAAUAUGAUUUGAUAGUAUCUUUACCAGGUGGAUUUCAAGGAAAAAUACAAGCUACAAAUCUCAGUCAAUCUUACACGAAUUUGUUGCAAGAUAUAAUUAAUGCAGGAGUUGUUCAGUCAAAUGAAUUCAAACCUUUACCAGAUUUGUUUAAUCCUGGUGAUUAUGUAACAUGUUGUGUGAAAAGUUUAAAUUUUGAAGAUAAUUGGUUUUGUAGUUUAUCUAUAGAACCACAAUUAAUAUAUCAGAAUGUUUAUGCUAGUUAUCUUGCAAAAGAUAUGAAAGUAGUUUGCACUGUCAAAAGUAUAGAGGAUCAUGGUUACAUAAUUGACAUAGGUGUAGCUAAUGCUGUAGCAUUUCUUUGUACUGAAGAUAUCGAUAAAGGAAAACAAUAUUUUCCAGGUACUCAACUUUCGUGUACUAUCAAGAAAAUAGCAAAAGUAGAUUCUAGAUUUAUUAUUAAAUUAUCAACUAAAAGAAAAAAGUUUGAUAAUACCAAAGUAUAUGACAUAGCAUCUUUAGAUGUUUUAACACCAGGAACAAAAUUGUCGCUUUAUGUAAUAAAGGUGCUUUCUAAUGGCCUGCAAGUUAGGUUUGGGAAAAAUAACGUUGGAUAUAUAAAUCAAAUUUAUUUGAAUAAUCCUUUAUCUACAUAUGUAAAUAAUAUGGAAGUGAUUGGCACAUUAUUAUAUAUAUUACCAACUGUGAAAUUAGCAUACUUUAGUCUGUUGGCUGAUGUACCUGAAAAGGAAAAAUUAUCCAUAGGCAGUAUUAUAAACAAAGCCAAAGUUCUAUACAGAGAAUCUGCUGGGAUAAUUUUUAAAUUAUCUAAAUCUGGAUUACGUGGAUUUGUUUCUUUACGAAGAACCAAUGUCCCAUUUGCUAAAAUUCCAACCGAAUUCAAAGAAGGUUCCAUACACAAGUGUAGAAUACUUGCAUAUAGCGGGAUGGAACAUUUUUAUGUCUGUACAAUGGAAGAAGAAAUUUUAAAGCAAAAAUAUUUUUUAGCUUCUGAUCUUAAUAUUGGUGAUAUUCUUACUGUAACCAUUAUGCACAUUGAAACAUCUCGUACUUAUAUACAUGUACAAGUAGGAAAGAUUCGGGGAUUUGUUCCAAUGGAACACUUAUCCGACAGUGGCUUAAGUACUCUCUAUAAAUUGAAAGUCGGAGAUAAUGUCGAAGCAAGAGUCUUAGAGAAAAGUAAAAAUACAGUAAAAUUUACGCUGAAACAGUCGCUAAUAAAGAGCAAAUUGCCAGUUUUACAUGAUUUUGACGAAGUUAAAUGCGGAUUAAAAUAUCAUGGUACGAUCUGUGUAAUAAAUGAAAAAGGCAUAUUAGUAAGAUUUUUCGGAACGAUAAAAGGGUGGGUCCCACGCAUUACAUUAAAUAGCGAUACGUAUAAUAUGAAUUGGAAUUUUUCCGUUGGACAGACAGUUACAGUGUGUGUCGAAUCAAUAGAAAAAGAUAGAUGUAGAAUGAAAUUAAGAAUCGUUUCUGAAGAAGAGAAACAAUCCGUUAGUUUGUCGAUUGGAGAUAUGAUUGAAGGAACAGUAUCGGAAUCAUCUAUUAAAGGAAUAUACUUGAAGAUACGAAAAGAAGAUAAUGAAAACGUUGUGACUGGCUUCUUACCAUCGGGUCAUAUGGCUCCAUGCAUUGAAGUCGGCAGUUUACUGGCAUCAAGAUGUAGUCCUGGAGAUAUAAUCUCAGCUUUCGUGUUUGCCAUAAAACCGACUAUAAUAUUGUCACGCACUUUUACCACACAAAAGAAAUAUUCGAACUUUGACUCAUUAAAAGUAGGCGAUUGCAUUCCCUGUACAAUUCGAGAUACAUCGCAAGAUGGCAUGAGAAUUAUCUUGCCAAUCGAAAAUUACUGUAAAUUUGGAUUUGUGUCGUACAAGAACAUAAGCAAUUUCGAGCUGUUGCACACAAAUCAGUUAUUAUUCGUUAAAAUCACAGCUAUCGAUAAGCAAGAGAAACAACUGACUCUGACAAUGUCACUGAAAGAUAUAUCGGAGAGCUCAACUGAAUUUGAAGUCAAGAUGAUGACAGCGGUGGAUGUCUUAAGUUUGUAUCUUAGCAAAUUAUCGGAGCUAGCAAAGAAUACAUUUUACGAGAACAAGCCAAUCUCAUCGGUAAUUUUAGGUCAAAAAGUUACUGGUACUGUCAAGAAGAUAACUGAACACGGUCUAGUACUUCAGUUAGGCAAUCAGUUGAUGGGUACAGUAUCCAAGGAUCAUUAUUGUGGCAAUCCUGAAGUGGGAGACAAAGUGUUUGGUACAAUUCUGUGGAAAGAUUACGUCCAUGAAUUUGUCAACGUGUCUUUGCUACCGAGAAUAAUAAACGGCAUUAGUUCGAAGCAAAAAACACUAUCAGAAUUACCCACUGGAAUCGCAUUAAAAGCAGAGAUUCUAAUGAUUACUAAAUGGUUGAUACUUGUUCUCGUGAAACGUAAUGGUACAGGAUAUUUGGCGGCAUUACCUGUUCGUCGACACGUCAACGACUAUUUUCCCGAUUUAACACCUUAUAAAAUUCAUGCCAAGAUUCGAUUGUACGUCAUAAUGACGGGAGUCGAAUCUGACAAUAUGCCGAUUUGUAUGCUAAAGUCUGCAUUCGAAAUUCCAAAAAAUAAGAUCGUAACAGAAUUACCAUCUACCAAAAACAAGCAAUUAAAGAGAAAAAAGAUGUCUGAGCGAGACGAUGUAGAUCUUGCAAAUCCACCAAAGAAAUCACUGAAGGAAGCUCCGAAGAAAGUUUUGAAGAAAGUGCCAAAGCAAGUCCCGAAAAAAGAAAAUAAUAAGGAAAAUAAAAUGGAAGUCGAAGAGAAAGAAAGUAAAAUAAAAGAUAUAGAUGAAAAU